AUGGUCGGGAAGCCAGGGAGAUUCGUUGAAGAUGGCAGUGAUGCAGAGACCUAUGGAGAAGAGAAUGAUGAACAGGGAAAUUACUCUAAAAGAAAGAUAGUCUCUAACUGGGAUCGAUACCAAGAUACUGAAAAAGAAGUCGGUAACGAAAGUGGAGAAUCGCAGAGGGGGACAGAUUUCAGUGUUCUCCUCAGCUCCGCAGGGGACUCCUUCGCGCAGUUCCGGUUUGCUGAGGAGAAGGAGUGGGACAGCGAAGCCUCACGGCCACAGCAGAAUUCAGCAUUUUAUGUGGACUGUGAGUCACUGGUUCAAGCCCUUCAAGAACUGCCUCUGUCACUCCGACUCAAUGUUGCUGCUGAAUUGGUCCAGACCGCCCUUCCUUUAGAGCUUCCUCAGGUGAAACCAAAGAGAAGUGAUGAAGGCAAGGGACUGGGCAUGCAGUUAAGAGGGCCGUUGGGGCCUGGAGGAAAGGGGUCCGUGUCUGAGUUGAAAUCUGUGGCUGCCGGCUGCCCCAUGUACCUCGGUAAAGAUAGCCCAAGACCAGGCCCUUCGGAGGCUUCCCAGAAACCCGCUUCCCCACUGCAGUCAGCAGCAGACCAUUUGGAAGAAGAAUUAGACCUGCUGCUUAAUUUAGAUGCGCCUGUAAAAGCGGGAGACAACAUCUCACCAGACCAGACACCUCAGGACCUGGAAUCUGAGAAAGAUGGGGAGGAUGUGGCCCAAGAAGAAAGAGUUCCUGCAAAACCAUCUGUGGCAGAAGAAAAGGGCGUGGAACCUGAGCAACCAAGCACAUCAAAAAAUGUUACUGAGGAAGAGCUCGAAGACUGGUUAGACAGCAUGAUUUCCUAACAAAAGAAGAAAAAGAGAGAAAAUGGAAAAAAGUGCCUGGAGCCAAUUUUGGUUGCUUUGUAAGUAAGGAUGGGCCCAAGGCUGUCCUUGAACAGCUGGUUUACAAGCUUGCCCCAAGCCAGCGUGUUCCAUCAGGUUACCCAGUAAACACCUACCUCUGUGUUUGACAACAUCCACAAUAAUACAUUUAAGAGGCUCGCUGCAUUUUUCUCUGGUUUAGUAAUCUGAGAGACUCAUGAAGGGCAGGAGACCGGAUGGCGCUUGUUUCUAGCAAGUGCAUGCUGCUGCUGAGGAGAGCGAGCAACAAGGCAUGUGUUUGGCCAAAAUAAAACAAAUGCUGGUCUA